GUGGGUUCUGAAUUGAGCAUUCAAAAACGUCCCAUACCUCUUACCUCGUCUUUGCCUGCCAAAUCUUGAGCAGGCACAUACCUUACGUACAUCGUAGUUCACCUUGACUUCCCAAAGCGGUGGACUAUCGCUACGAUACUGUACCUGAAACUGACAUCAUUCGCACUGCCACAGACGUGCAAACGCACUACUGCACCUGCAGUUACCGCAGCCAUCCGCAGUUGCCGAGACCAGGGAGCUGAACAUUGAGCAACUCGCUCUUCAGCUCGAUUUUGCCCUCUGCACGUUAUUCCCAAUUUCCUCAGUAUUUUCGACUUAUUGGUGGCCGGUAUUUCAUUUCCACGUUGUCUUUAUAUCGACAGCAAUGGCAUUACCAGAGACUAGCAAUCCCCAGGAUGGAAUCAGCCCGGACGCCAAGCCGGCGCCGGAGACAGCCCCGCCUCGGUCGGGGACAACAGAGUCCACCACCAACUCCGCCGAGCAGCCGACGGCGACGACGACAACGACGCAGCCUAGCGCCUCAGCUUCGGCCCCAGUAUCAGUGACAGAUGGCUCUACCAUUCAGCCCGAUGACGAGGACUUCAACCCCGUCGACUUUGACGGCUCAGUCGACAGCAACCACGAGCUUCCCACCCCCGAAACCCUCCGCAGGAUCGACAAAUACCUCGUUCUCGACCGCCACGGCAAAUCCCAUACCUUCCGCAGUCUCUACACCGGUAGGCACGUCGCCCGCCGAGUGCUAAUCAUCUUUGUCCGGCAUUUCUACUGCGGCAACUGCCAAGAAUACCUGCGCGCCCUGUCAAGCUCCUCAAUAACCCCAUCUUCACUGCUCGCCCUGCCCAACCCAACCUUCAUCGCCGUGGUCGGGUGCGGCGACCCGGCGCUGAUCGACAUGUACGCGGCCGCCACGGGGUGUCCCUUCCCCAUCUACGCGGACCCGACCCGGCGCCUGUACGACGAGCUGGGCAUGGUGCGCACCCUGGCGCUGGGCUCCCGCCCGGCCUACACCAAGCAGCACCUGCUCGUCAGCAGCCUGCACUCGGUCGUGCAGGUGCUCAAGCAGACCCCGCGCGGCUUGGCGCUCAAGGGCGGCGAUCAGAGGCAGAUUGGUGGUGAGUUUUUGUUUGAGCCGCCACCGAAACUCGGCGCAGCGGCUCGUCGUAAAGGGAAUGGGAAUGAGCGGGAGGGGGAUGGGGACGGGGAUGGCGGCGCUAUUAGCCCGACGGCUGUGGAGAGCAUGAGGAAGCAGGUGGUUAGCAUGACCUUGAUGGGUAAGGGCGAGGAGGACCGGCAGAGGGGUAGCCAGUCCAGUCUGGACGGCAAGUUUGAGGACGACGAGGGCGAGGACAAGAUUGUUACCUGGUGCCACCGCAUGAAGAACACGCGGGACCAUGCCGAGAUUCCCGAAAUUAUGGAGGUGCUGGGGCUGGAUGGGCACGGGUUGCCAGUUGGUGACAAGGAGAGGUGGGAGAAAGCCUUGAAGGAGAGGAAGGGUACUGGCUUGAGCCUGCCUGGGAAACAAAAGGCUGACGCAACAGCCACGACGACGGCGUAGGGCGCGCGUUGGGAGGCGCUCCGGGAGAAGGUCAGAGGGCUGUUUUCAGCUGAGGGCCGUAUGAAGGGGGCUUGAGUCUGGGGCGGGGACCGACGGGGAGCAGGCUAGGGUUAUUGGGUUUAUGGCGUUGAUCAUUUGAGCUUGUCAGGGAUUCCUGGCACGCAGAACUCGGGCAAUGUUAGCAUUUCCUAGCCUUGAAUGAUACCAUUUUAUGGAAAUCCCUG